CCCCAGGGGCUGGCCGCCGCUGUCGCUCUUGGGGUGGGGGAGAAGGAUGGGACCGGGGCUGGGGAGCUGCCCAGCCGAAGGGAGCCGCCAGCGCCGGGCGAAGUCUCUCUGCGGCAGCCGGGAGGCGAGGGGCGGACGCGGGCGCCCCCCGCUCCGGCGCCCCCGGUGCCGCGCGCUUGCAGGCUGACCUCGCGGCCACCUCCGGGCGGCGUUUGCAUGCUGCCGGGCCAGUGUAACCCGACCUGGGCCGCCCGAGGGGGCCUGCUGCUGGUGCGCCAUUGCGCGCGGCUCUGGCCUCUCCGGCCCGGGAAUCCGCUGCACGGCUCGGCUCGGCUCAGCUCCCCUCCUCCUCCUCCUCCUCUCCUCCUCCUCCUCCCCCCGCUGCAAAUCUCCUCCUUUCCCUCCCCCCUUUCCUGCAAACUGAUCUUUGGCUCUUGGUGCGAAAGCGAUUUGAAUUUGGCUCGGCGGCGCUCUGCGCAGGCGUUGGGGGCUCGCUGGCAUGCUGGUGCGGAGCAGCUGUUUGGGGUCUGGGAUUCCAACAUGGCAGAGGCUGCAGCCCGUCUCCCUUGCAAAAACUUGGAAGGAUUUCAAAGCGGCGGCACCUUCGCUUAACCCGAGCCCCCGUCCAUCAGCGGAGAGAGAGGAUCGAUGCUGCUCUCACCUACCGGGCUGCUGCAACAAACCUCCAGGUUAAAUGAAUACCUGACGAAAGGGCCCACGUUUCAAGGCAGUGACAUUUGAGAGCGGAGAGGAAAAGUGGUUUUAAUGAAAAGCAACCUUUGGAAUUCCUGCUUGUGAGAGAGAGAAAAAAUCCAGUCCAGCUAUUUUUGUGCUGCCAGCAAGAAAUGAUCAGCAGCACCAGUGUUUAUGGCUUGAAGAUGCAGUGGACGCCAGAGCAUGCCCAGUGGCCAGAACAGCACUUCGACAUCACUUCCACUACCCGGUCUCCUGCCCACAAGGUAGAAGCUUACCGCGGACAUCUGCAGCGUACCUAUCAGUACGCUUGGGCUAACGAUGACAUCUCUGCUCUGACUGCUUCAAAUCUGCUAAAAAAAUAUGCAGAAAAAUAUUCCGGUAUUUUGGAAGGGCCAGCAGACCGGCCCCUCCUCAGUAACUAUUCAGAGCCUCCACCAGGGCUGGUGAACGGCCGAAAAAGCGACAGCGAACCCUGGCAGCCCUCUUUGAAUUCUGAAAGCGUUUAUCCUAUGAACUGUGUCCCAGAUGUUAUCAGUGCCAGCAAAGCUGGCGUUAGUGCUGCCCUCCCACCAACAGACGUCUCAGCUAGCAUAGGGAGCUCCCCUGGAGUGGCCAGUAACCUGACAGAACCAAGUUAUUCCAGCAGUACGUGUGGAAGUCAUUCAGUCCCUGGUCUGCAUUCAGGGCUCCCAUCUCAGGAAUAUGCCACAGGAUACAAUGGAUCUUACUUGCAUACGAGUUAUAGUGGCCAGCCAGCACCUGCACUUCCUUCGCCUCAUCCGUCCCCUUUGCAUAGCUCUGGGCUGUUACAGCCGCCUCCGCCCCCUCCACCCCCACCGACCUUGGUGCCGGGCUACAACGGGACAACCAACCUUCCCAGUUACAGUUAUCCAUCUGCAAGUUACCCCCCUCAAUCUGCUGUUGGACCUGGGUACAGCCCUGGUGGUGCACCUCCUCCUUCAGCGUACCUGCCUUCAGGAAUCCCUGCUCCAACUCCUCUGCCCCCGACCACCGUACCAGGUUACAGCUACCAGAGUCACGGUUUAACACCCAUUGCGCCCUCUGCCCUGACAAACAGUUCCACAAGUUCCCUCAAACGAAAAGCUUUCUAUAUGGCAGGGCAAGGAGAAAUGGACUCCACUUAUGGAAAUUACAGCUAUGGCCAACAGAGAUCCACCCAGAGUCCCAUGUAUAGGAUGCCUGACAACAGCAUUUCAAAUGCCAAUAGGGGGAAUGGUUUUGACAGGAGUGCUGAAACAUCCUCCUUAGCAUUCAAGCCAACCAAGCAGAUCAUGUCUUCUGAACAGCAAAGAAAAUUCAGCCAGUCCAGUCGGGCUCUAACCCCCCCUUCCUACAGUACUGCUAAAAAUUCGCUCGGGUCGAGAGCGAGUGAACCGUUUGGGAAGUACGGCUCUCCAGUCAUGAACGAGCAUGGCGACGAACACAGGCAACUCCUUCCUCACUCAAUGCAAGGCCCAGGACUUCGUUCAGCUACCUCAUCCAACCACUCUGUGGACGAGCAACUGAAGAAUACUGACACACACCUCAUUGACCUUGUAACCAACGAGAUUAUCAACCAAGGACCUCCUGUGGACUGGAAUGAUAUUGCUGGCCUAGAUCUGGUAAAGGCUGUCAUUAAAGAGGAGGUUUUGUGGCCAGUAUUGAGGUCAGAUGCAUUCAAUGGGCUGACUGCUCUACCUCGGAGCAUCCUUUUGUUUGGACCUCGGGGAACAGGCAAAACAUUAAUGGGCAGAUGUAUAGCUAGUCAGCUUGGGGCCACGUUUUUCAAAAUUGCUGGCUCUGGCCUUGUCACAAAGUGGUUAGGGGAAGGGGAAAAGAUUGUCCAUGCUUCCUUCCUUGUGGCAAGGUGUCGCCAGCCCUCGGUGAUUUUUGUUAGUGACAUUGAUGUGCUCCUUUCAUCCCAAGUGAAUGAAGAACACAGUCCAGUAUGUCGGAUGAGAACUGAGUUCCUUAUGCAGCUGGACACUGUUCUAACUUCUGCUGAGGACCAAAUAGUAGUAAUUUGUGCCACCAGUAAACCGGAAGAAAUAGAUGAAUCUCUUCGAAGGUACUUCAUGAAACGACUUUUAAUCCCACUUCCUGACAGCACAGCGAGGCACCAGAUAAUAGUACAACUGCUCUCACAGCACAAUUACUGUCUCAACGACAAGGAGGUUGCACUGCUUGUCCAACGUACGGAAAGCUUUUCGGGACUGGAUGUUGCUCAUUUGUGUCAGGAAGCGGUAGUGGGCCCGCUCCACGCCAUGCCAGCCACAGACCUUUCAGCCAUUAUGCCCAACCAGUUGAGGCCCGUUACGUAUCAAGACUUUGAAAACGCUUUCUGCAAGAUACAGCCUAGCAUAUCUCAAAAAGAGCUUGACACAUAUGUUGAAUGGAACAAAAUGUUUGGUUGCAGUCAGUGACAUCUUUUUUUAAAAACAAAACAAAACCCCAAUGUAAUGAAUGUUGGUGCGCGCAUACAUCCACUCACAUGCAUAUAAUAUGCUAUAAGAGGGCAUGGAUCCCCUUUUCCAGUAGUGUUUAAAGUUGUAAAAGGGUACUGGGCGGGGAAGGGAAGGGGAAAAAAAACCAAUGAGCACCUUGUAUCUAAAGAACCAGGUGCAGGCUUGAAGGAAUCGGGCAUCAAAUAUGAGCUUGUUGUUCUGAACAGCCACAGAUAGCAGAAGGCAUUUGUUGAUGCUCCAUUCUGUUCAAGCUAGACGACGCACUCUUACCGUGGAGCGAGGAGCCAAGUGGAUAUUUUUUCCCCCCAAGAAGGACAUGAACCCUGCGUGUUGAUUCCAUUCUGCUGUUCUUGAGAUUUAGUUGUUGUCAAGUGCCUGAAGUGGUGCUUUAUUAUUAUUAUUGUUAUUUUUGUUUGCCUCACAAUUACAUUGGUGGCAUGUGCUAAUAUAAAGAGCUUUAACUUCAAAAUGUUAUGGGACUAAAGAAAUGAAUGGUUGUGUUGCGACAGAGAACCAGAUCUUUUCUUUCUUUUCGUUCCCCUCGGCUAGUCUAUAAGAGCAACAGUAUUCCUCAAUCCUGUCUGUUCUGUGGUAUUAAACUAAGAACAGGUAAAACAGGGUAGCAGUAAUCUGGACCUUGAUUUUCUGCAGUUCAUUUCUUUCAAUGUUCUGUCUGCAAAAAAAAAGGAGAAAAAAAGAAAAAAACUCAGGAAAGUGAUUGUGAUUUGUACAGUACCUCAAAGGAAUGUGUUGAAGGCACUAUGUACUGCUGAGAGUUAAUAGGCUAGGCUUCAAUGUUACUUUAUAUUAAAUAUGUAUGUUUACCUCAACAGUUGGGAAAAAAAUGGCAAGGAGAAAUACUUUGAAUGUAUCCAGGAACAAGCUGAAAAGUGUAUUAUAACUGAAUCUUUUAAACCUUUUAACAAAGAAACAAAGGGGUAUCAAUGUUUUAAAAUGGUUCUUUUUAUUAAAAAAACACAAUAUUGGGGAUCAAAUCAGAGCACGAGGAAUUGUCAUGGCAGUAAAAGUCCUUAGUCCUUGACAAUUUUGUGAUGAGUUGCAAGACAGUGCGCGGAAAACAAGAAAGGCCACUCUGUCAAAUUAUAUAAUCAUCUGGGACAGUCGAAGACGGCAUCUAGCUGGUGACUCUGAGAGGCAAAUUACCUGAAGAUUACCACUGCUUUUGUGUCGUGGUUAGUGUUGUUGGUGCUCCGAUUAUUUCAUUGAGCCAACAGAACAGAAUCAUUCUAGGUCACUUGAGAGAGUUUAUGGGUUGGAGAGCCAUUUACGGGGAAGCAAGGCAAAAAAUUAAACCCCCAGACUGCAUUUGCCUCUCCCCCAUGUCUCAUUUGCCCCACACAGAUUUUUAAUAGGAAAUGUGCAUUGCCUGUUUUUGUUUUGUUUUAAGUGUACUCAUUUCAUGCCCUUUCAGGCUGGAGCAUGCCCAUUGUUUUAUUUCUACCUCAGUUUUUGUUGUUGUGUAUGUGUGAUUCUCCCUCUCUUUCUCUCUCCCCCCCCCCCCCCCCCCCCGGAAGCUGGGCAAGUCAGAUUCCGUCCGGAAUGCCAUCCUUUGAAAGAACCAGGGGAAGAGAUUCUUUCCUCAGGUGUCUCUAUACCUUUUCCUGCCUCUUCUAUCCUUCAUUCAGCAAGGACAAAAUGGUUGCAGAAUCUCUGCUUCUCAAAAGGCGGGCUAGCUGGCUGGCAUACGUGGCAUUUUGUUCAGCUUGUGCCCCUGCUUCACAUUGUCUCUCUUUUCAUUCUUUAAUGCUUUUAUGAGCAAUUCUUUUCAUGACAGCUGACUGAUGCUGGUAAUGGCUCUGAGCAGUGUACACUGUAGCUUUCUGAGCCUCUGUGGCCACAGGAGCAGAACAGUCUUUUCUUUUGUGGUGGGAAUGCAGUUUUUUUUUGUUUACUUUAAAGAGAGAGUGGCAGAACACUUGCAAAAGCACUGGCGUUUAAUCUUUCUUUUAAGCAACGUACCUCUUAAAUACAUGAAAUAAAUGCUCUUAGGAGCAGGGGGAAAGCCUGAAGGGGGAAAAAAAAAAGUACCAGUCAGUUACCUGGCUAUUUUGUGUCUUUUAAAGCAAUUGUCCAGUUGCCAUACAUGACAUUUACAGGGCUAUCCUUGGCUGAGUGACGCCCUUUUACGUGCAUUGAAGUCAACAGGCUCAGAAGGGUGUAACUGUACUGAGGAUCGCACAUUCAGUGGGAGCAUUUAGGUAUUUAGAAAGUUAACAGUGGGAUCAACUGCUGGCAUUUCAUGUCUUUUUUUAAUUUUUAAAACUUUGAACAAGCAAAUGAACCAAAAUUUACAUCCUAGCAAUUUUUCUUCGAUUAAAGCUUUUUUUUUUAAGCAACUGGUCUAUUUUAUAAAAAACAGUGCCUUUCACUGAGGAUAUACUAAAGGUAACCUUAUUAAAUAGUUUUCUUUUUCAGUUCGUGAAUGUCUCGCCUUCCCCCUUCUGUCCUCUUAAACAUCUACCAUUGAAUCUUCCUCUCUGGUUUGGAAACCCAAACGGGCCCUUUGCUAUUGAUUGGUAUUGAUUUCCUUGCUGAUGGAUUCACUGAUAUAGAUUGCUGACCAAUCUAUUGCAUUGUCUGUUUGCCAUCAAGCUGUGCUCAUUUAAAAGGGUCAAGCCCAUUUUGGAAAACUAACUUGGUUAAAUCACAAAAUCUAUAAAUGCCUUUGAAUUCAUGUUGUUAACUGAUUUUAAGUAAGGGGGACACCAAACCAAUGUAAUGUUUUCCAGUCUCACUGCUCAUCUUUUAAUUAGAAGAGAAUGAAAUUUACAGUGCUCGUUUUGACUUCUACCUCCUCAUUAUGAAUCUUAGACAAGGGACUGAUGACUUUAAAUAUGAAAGAACAAGAUGAUGAAGAGUAAAAAAAAAUUCCAAGAGUUGAUUCUCCUACCCCUCAAAAUAUUGGAUUUUGUGUUGUUUAUCCAUUGCUAAAAGCUCCAGGGAUUUUCAUCUCAAGUGGAAGCUAGAUGGGCCAGAAUGCUUUGCCAGUCAUUGGGAAUAGUUUUGUUUACCCCAUUAUCUUUUUACAGGCAGAGAGCAAGCUAUGUGGACACGGCCAUUCUCUUUUUCUUUUUAAAAUGCUGCUAUAUUCUUCUCCGUGUAGACUGCUAUCCUGUAUAUCUCCAUACAAAAGAAACCAGAUCCCAAGUCUUAAGUUUCCAGGGCAUUUGGGUGUGCCAUGACUAAGAUGACUGCUUUUUUUUGUGUGUGUGGAGCAGAUCAAUAUGGUUAACCCUGUAACAUUUUUGUGCAUUUAAAAUGACUCCUAUUGGAAGGUGUGUGCUAUCUCUCUCUCUCAAAACUGUGGGAUUUGCAGCAGUGUGUAAAUGAAAACACAGCUAGGAUUGCAUAAGGGUGUAAAGAACCUGUAUCUUUAUUAGGAGGAGAAAUAUCAAUAGUUUAAUCUCCAGCCUCUAUUAUGGCUCUAUGAUGACAGAAGCUUUGUCAGUCAAAUUUCUCUCUUCUGUGCAGCUAUUAAUCAAUUAACGGCAUAAAAGUCCUACUUCAUAGUGUUAGAUUUCUUUGGAUAGGUUAGUAUAUACAGCUGGCUGUGCUGGCCUAUCAAAAUAGUGGUUCUGGUGGGUUUUCUGGGCUGUGUAGCCGCGGUCUGGUGGAUCCACCAGACCACGGCCACACAUCCCAGAAACCCCACCAGAACCAGUUGAAUCCAGCUGUGAAAGCCUUCGACAAUAUAUCAAAAUAGUGUUUGUGCCUGUGCAGAUUGUGACUCUAAUGAAAACAGCUUUUUUUUUUUGUUAGAUCGGGGGUGGGUGGGUCCUUUUUUGCAAUAGCAGUAACCGUGUUGACAAUGUCGAAAGCAAAGAGGCUGUUUGUCUGCCAGCCAAAUUAUCAAUGCCAAUUCAAAAUGCAGCUUUUAUGUAGGUUUGUGGCAGAAAAUACAGUUCUGGCAUGUUUCUCUUCCCAAAUAUUUAGACUGCUAGAGAGAGCAGUGCAAAGUUUGCUGACUGAGCUGAUUGAUGGAAUGUGAAGGCAGUUUAAGGCUAUUUACUUUUGCACAAAAUAUUUCUCUAUUAGUCCAUUUGUAUUCUAUUCAAAUGCAGAUAGAUGGGUAAAAUGGUUUUUCUUGUGCAUUUCAAACCCAUCACGGAGAAAAUAAAACCUCCCAGUAAAACACAUAGAAAAGGCACCAUCUGGGAAAGCUAGCUCAUCUGUCCAGGGGCUAUGCUCUGUAAAAUAGUACAAGGUCAUUUUAUAUGGGUUGGCAUAAUACUUUGCUAGGCAAUUUUCAAAAGGAGAUAAUCUAGUGUAAAAACCCCAAUUAAUUCCAACAGAUGUUAGUAGGUGGUAAUGUGUUUACAUAUCAAAAGCUGCAAACAAAGGUUUCGACUGCCUGAAAAUGUGUAGAACUUUGAACAGAUAAGCAGUUGUCAGUCCCAUCUUACGUAUUUCAUCCCAUCAAUGAAGACUAUAUCCGGGCAAGCUAAUGCAAAACCUGAGGUGGCCGGGAAAAGUGCUGCCUCUGUGUUGCUGCCUCCAGAGGGCUUUCAGGUGUUGUGAGAGACAGAAACAAACAAAAAAUUCCAGCUGCCUUCCAUAAGGCGAAAUGGACUUAAUGCCUUUUGGAUGGCAUAAGUCCAAAGUCCUGGCUGCAGCGAUCCUGGCAUGAAAGCCCGAGUGGAAGUUGACUUCAGUCUGCUACACCCCCAGAAGUGCCCUGGCCUGCCCCCUCCCAUACCAGUUGGAUGCCAGCAUAGCUCCACAGCAGCACUCACUUCCAGGUUUCGCCACUACCGCCGCCACCUUUGUCCUCCCUGCCGGUGGGAGUGCCCUUACAUUGGCAAAGGGGGCAAAUGCACCGACGCGACCUCAUGCCACCUGUAUUGGGCCAUCCCCCCCCCCCCAGGAUUUGGCUGAAACUCAGUGUGAGUUCCCCCAAAAAGUGAGAUCAAAUUCAAAUUUUAUUAUACUAAUUUUAUUCUACUGUAAGGAUACCAAUUUCAGUAGAAAUUCUGACAUACGUAAUUGAGAAUUAACUAUGUUAAUCUCUGAAGUUUUCAUACAUAGAUAUGCAUACACUGGUUUUCUUCCCUAGCCAUGGCACAGCCUCUUGGGAACAUCUCCUGCACAAGUUCCAUUAAAGCAAACAGACGUUGUCCAGGACUUCUCUUGUGCAAAUCCCUUCUUUUUUUCAAUGGGAGACAUACAGACAAAACUCCUGGCGCGUAUACCAAACUUGAAUAUCAACAUGUGUUAUCUUGCACCACUAACUCCCUGUCAUCUCAUACGCAUGCAUGUACUGUAUUUAUCUGUGCAUAUAUACCAAACCUGAAAUCUCCCAUCCCCCCCCCCUUUUUUUCUUUCUCUUUGCUUGGAAAGAUGAAAGCUUUCCUGUUACUUAAUCAUUUGCAGAUUUAUAUAUGAAACACGUUAGUAUACAAGGAGCUAGUAAUAUUCCUAGAUUCUAAGAAACAGCUGUACUGGGGACUAGUCGAUACAUGAACUGAAUCUUCCCGCUCUGCAAAGACCUCUGGAUGACAUUCGAUUUUGAACCUGCCAGAUACAUUUUUGUGAACCAGGGAUACUGCAUCUUUAAUGAACAAGUCUCUACUCUUUCCCCUGUUUUUAAAUACAACGCGAGAAGUGUAGCACUAUGCUCUGCAAUUGUCAAAGACAAUUAGACUGAAAGCAGGAAAAUUUCACCUCCCUGUCUGGGUGAUAUGUAGAAUGUCGGCAGUGUGGGUCAGCCUUGCUACAGAGUUGUGUGAGAAUAUAUGAAUCAGUCCUAUAGAAUGUUAAAUAUUUAUAAAAUGGUUCUGUUCUACACCAAGGUUGGGAACGCAGUUAUUUCUCCUCCUUGUCUUACAAUAUACAAAGAAGCAAAAGUUUAUUUUCACACCUAAACUUUGCGUGUGUGUGUGUGUCUACCUUUUUUUCCCUUUUCCAUUCUUGUGGUUUAUAUGCAGUCAUUAGAGAUGUUUUGGCUUCUUUUUUUAUAAUUAUAUAUAUAAAUAGAGAGAGAGAUUUCUUCCUGCUCCUGCAUUGCGUGUGAAUUCAGACAUUGUUCUUUAAAACCAUUUCUACCUCAUUGCUACAUAUUGUACAUGUAGUAUUUAUUUGUUGUCUUUUUUUGAAUGUCAUGCAUUUCGUAAGAAAGACUCGUCCUUGAACUUGAACAGUCUACCUCAAAAAGACUGUCUCUACACUGAACAGUAUUAACCACCGAAACGAUAAGACGCAUUAGCAAAGUGUGGCAGGGUAGAUAAUGCAUGGAGGGACUUGGGUAUACUGAUGGAGUUUUAAUUGUACUCUUAUAACACGAGUUUGCUUAAAGGAACUUAAAGGAAAUUAUGCACUGUGCAGAUCUUUAUCAAAGUCCCACUUUUUUGGCAAGCUAUGGUAAUUGCAGCUUUAUUCUGAUGAACCCUGAUUCUGGACAAUUGUCCAAUUUUGGACAAUUGUCAAUUUUCUCAAGCGUUCUUUGCAUUGGCAAUCUGGCUACAUUCUAUUCCUCUAGCCUGUUAACUGACACACAGUACUACUUGGCUCUUAAAGUGAAAACAAAUGAUAGUACUUAAGGAUUAUUUUCGUCUUCAGUGAUGUAAAAUGCAUCAUGCACUGCAAAGCUAUACAUGUUUCUGACUCCCUUUGUACUGGAAAAAAAAAGGAACAAACGGCAUUUGUAAAGAGUCUGUGCAAGGUUUUAACAGAAACCAAAAAAAGGCACUUCCCAAAGGACUUGAAAAUAUGAGCUCCAAUCCUGCACACUGUUCCGCGCAUUUAAAUUCCACUGAAAUUGACUUAAAGAUGUGCAGAUGUGCACAGGAUUGCAGCCACGGAGUCAAGGCGCACGUGUUCUG